AUGGCAAAUAAUUCUACACCUUCAUCACUUUGGAAUUUUCCGUUACCACUCAUGAUGACUUCGUCGUUGAAUACAAAUGAGCAACAACAAUCGCGCCAACAAGAACAUCCACCAUCAUCUGUUCAUAGUAUUGGUGAGCGGAAACAACGAACCCUACGAUUAUCCAUAAAUGCACGAGAACGUCGACGUAUGCAUGACCUAAACGAUGCUCUUGAUGAAUUACGUUCAGUGAUUCCAUACGCACAUUCACCAUCAGUACGAAAGCUAAGUAAAAUCUCAACAUUAUAUUUAGCUAAAAACUUCAUUCUUCUACAAGCCCAAGCCAUUGACGAACUGAAAAAAUGUGUUCUUCGAGCAAGCUAUAUGAGCAAUCAGCCUGGAACUAUUCUACCUCAACCCACAACGAUGGAUUUCAAUACAGCAGAUCAAUCAAAUGAUGGAUAA